GUAGGCAACAUGGCGGCUUCCCGCUUGCCUCCCGCGGCCCUGACGCUGAAGCAGUUCAUGAGAAGACAACAAGUUCUCCUCCUCUACAGAAAGAUUUUGCGAGCGAUUAAGCAAGUUCCAAGUGAUGCUGACCGAAAAUACCUUCAGGACUGGGCCAGGGAAGAAUUUAAAAGAAAUAAAAGUGCUACAGAAGAGGAUGCAAUCCGAAUGAUGAUUACCCAAGGCAACAUGCAGCUAAAGGAACUAGAAAGGACACUUGCUUUAGCCAAAUCUUAACAGAAAGAUUCUCAGACCUCCGUGUGUUUUGCACAGACUCUGAGCCACUGUCACAAAGCACCCAUGAAAAGACGAUAAUCACUCCAACCAAGAAUGUAAAUCAAGGUGUUUUACUAUUUCCACUACAGUCAAUGACUGAUUAAAACGUGAACUAGUGUCAAGAUGAGGGCUUGGAAUCCUACACUGCUCUGUGGGAAGGUGACAUGGCAGCCACUCUGAAAAACAGACUAUUAUUAAUUCUUGAAAGGCAGUGAGGAUUGGGCUGGGGAAGAGGCUCUGUGUGAAGGCUCUUGCUGCCAAGGACCUGAGUUUGAUCCCUGGGACGCACAAGGUGGAAAGAGAAAACCACUCCAGAAAGUUGGCCUCCGACACCCAUACCACACUGUGGCACACAAACCAAAAACUGAGUAACUGUGAUUAAAAUGAAAGGCAGUUAGUUACCUCAUACUUUAGCAAGUCUCUAACCAAGAGAACUGAAGCCUUACCUAUAAAACAGUAUUACAGAGCUCAGCAUCCAGCAUUCUUUUUAGCUUUUUGAGACAGGGUGUCUUCGUGUAGCCCUGGCAGUCCUGGAGCUCACUUUGUAGACCAGGCUGCCCCUGCCUUCCAAGUGCUAAUAUUAAAGGCAUGUGCCACCAUACAUUCAGCAUUCUUCGUAACUAAAUUCAGAAUAUCCAUGAACUGAUACAGUUUCAUGCUUUGAAGCUGAGUUUACAGUCCAGGGGAGAUUGUUGAGGCCUGGCAACCCCAACCCCCUAGCAUAGCUGUAGCCAUUUCCAUGCCUGCCAGCUAUUUCAUAUUGUUGCUGUAACAUGCCUGUCAGUCAUUGACACAGAAGAAUACGUUGACUCAGAGCAAGGUCAUGCUGAUCACAUAUCCUGUUAGUAUGAGGUUUGUUAAUCUUAAGAAAUUCCACAAAGCUUUAUGUAGGACCCAUCAAACUGAAGAUCAAUAUGAAUUGUAAUGUCUAAAAUGGCUCCACUAGGCAGCAUUUCCUGCACCUGUGUAUGAGCUCACUGUAGUUUUUGCAGUUUUAGCCUUUAUAAGCUGUCAGAGAAAGAUGUUCAGGGUUGUAGCCACAGCCCCAAAUUCCGAGCCAAGGCCCUGAUUGAUCAGUCCUAGGUGUGCACUCAACAAACCAUCCCUGUCUGACCGAGAUCCUUGUGUGGUUUGUGGGUGACUUCUGUUCCCCUACAGAGAUGACUGAAAUGUUUUUGGUUAGAAGCAGGAGAUCUUUGUGCCUUUUUCAAUAAACAGUUUAACAACAA